GCUACAGAAUCCGGCGUGAAGCGUCCCGGGAGCGCGAGCUGAUUGGGUCCCUGGCGGGGGCGGGGCUGCGAGGGGGUGUGGCCUACACUAGGCCCCAGGCCGCCCCACUCAGGCCCUGGAAGAACUUAGAGCUCCGCUCGGGUGGAGUGAUCUGAAGCCAAAGAACGCUGACCAUGGCAAUGACUCUGGGUUACUGGGACAUUCGUGGGCUGGCUCACGCCAUCCGCCUGCUGCUGGAGUACACAGACUCCAGCUACCAGGAGAAGCGGUACACGAUGGGGGACGCUCCCGACUUCGACAGAAGCCAGUGGCUGAAUGAGAAGUUCAAGCUGGGCCUGGACUUCCCCAAUCUGCCCUACUUGAUGACGGGCUCACAGGCUCACCAGAGCAACGCCAUCCUUCGCUACAUCGCUCGCAAGCACAACCUCUGUGGGGAGACAGAGGAGGAGAAGAUUCGCAUGGACAUUUUGGAGAACGAGGCCAUGGAUACGUCCAAACAGUUGGCCACCGUCUGCUACAGCCCUGACUACGAGAAACUGAAGCCUGAGUACCUGAAGGUGCUGCCUGAGAAGGUGAAGCUCUUCUCCCAGUCUGGGAAGAGGUCCUGGUUUGCAGGGGACAAGCUCACCUAUGUGGACUUCCUGGCGUACGACAUCCUCGACCUGCACCGCAUGUUCGAGCCCAAGUGCCUGGAUGCAUUCCCAAACCUGAAGGACUUCCUGGUUCGCUUUGAGGGCCUGAGGAAGAUCUCUGCCUACAUGAAGUCCAGCCGCUUCCUGCCGACCCCUCUAUACUCCAAGUUUGCCACGUGGGGCAACAAGUAGGGCCUGAGCCCUGCCGGACCCCUGGCCUGUAGAGCUCAGCCGGAGACCCCAGCACCGCCCUGAAGUCCCAUAUUGCCAGGGUGUAGGCCCUGCCCCCCAGCGUGGUCCCUCCCAGCCCUGCCUGGUCCCCAGUAUAGCCAAUCCCACCUGGGUGUCUUGUUAUUCCGUCUCCACUGGACCCGGGGCUGACCGUGGUGGAGUUUGGUAGGCUCUCCACUUUCCCCCGUUGUCUGCGAUGGUCGUGUGGUGGGGACAUCUAUGUGGGGGAGGGGGGGCAGGGAGAGGGACAGGUGGGAGUGGGAGGUUUCUCGUUCGUUUCUGUGUUCCUGCGUGCGCGCCUGGGCGUGGGGCGUCUACAGAAGCGGGGCCUCCUGCGCCUCUGUCCCUCCGUCAUUUCAGCCUUGGUGGCAAGCCCCCUGUGAGCUGGUGGGAGUUUGUGUCACGGGUCAGAGGGUUUGCGGGGCGGGGGGCGCACGGUGGGCCGUCCGCUGCUGGUGUGGGGUCCCCGUGGCCACGUCCUGUCACCCUUUCCCGGAAGUGCUCCCCGCGGUAGACACCCCCCUCUGCGCUCAUACAACACAUCUCAAUAAAACACAACCCGCUGUG